AUGUCUAAUAGAUUAAUAUAUAAUUUACGUUUAUUUAAUAAAUUUAAUAAAAAUUUUUCUACACAAAUUAAUAAAAAUAUAAAAUUAACUAAUAAAAAUAAUUUACCAAUUAAUAAUUUACCAAUUAAUAAAAAUAAUUUAUCAACUGAAAAAAAUAUAAAUAUAUUAAAAGAAAAAAAUAUUAAAAAAAAUAAUCAACAAUUUGUUAAAGAAUUGUAUGAAAAAAAUAUUUAUAUAUUGAAUUUGAAAAGAUUAAGACCAUUUUUGAAAUUUUUAUUAUAUCAAUCUAUACCAAUAUUUAUAUUAAUGUUUUUAUAUAAAUAUUUUGAAGAAAAGAAAUUAAAAUCAAUAAAACCAAUUUUAACCGAAAUUGAUUUAAUAAAACAUAUAAUAAAUACAUUAAAAAAUUCUACAACAAUAUUAAUUAAUAAAAAUAAUUUCAUAUUCAUUAAUCAAACAAAUUUUACAAAUUUAUUACAAACAAUAAGUAAUAAUAAAUUAUAUGAAUUACAAUUAUAUAUACAAGAUUAUAAUGAAGAAUUAAAUAAUAUUAAAUUAUUAACAAUUAAUCGUAAUAAGUAUACUUAUAUAAUAUUUGAAGGAAAAUUAAAAAAUAUUGAAAAUAAUUUACAAAUAAUUUUUAUACUUUUAUUAAUCAAAAUGGAAUCUGGACAAUUUUACAAUAAAAUUAUUAAAUUAAUUAAUUUUAAAAAAAUAAUAUUAAUAAUAAUAUUAAUAAUAAUAUUAAUAAUAAUAUUAAUUAUUUUAUUAAUAAUUUUUUCAAUUUUGAGAAGAAAGAGUAUUAAUGUUAUGGUUAUUGGACCGAAUAAUUCUGGUAAGACUAGUUUUGUAUAUAAAUUUGUGAAUAAUAAAUUUCCAUUAACAGUAACAUCACAAAAGAAUAAUUUAAUCCAAAUUUUUAUUAAUAAUAAAAGAAUAAAUUUAUAUGAUGUUAUUGAUAUUAAAUUUAUUAAUAAUUGUAAAUAUAUUCUUUUAUUAGAUUCUACUUGUAGAAAAUCUAUUAAACAAUUUUCUUAUAUACUUUUUCAAAUUAUUAACUACGUUACGGGGUCUUCCGUUACGGGGUCUUCCAUAACGGGGUCAGGUACACGGAAAAGUAUUUAUAAUACUAAUAUUACUAAGGUUAAUAGUAGUAAGGAUAUAACAGUUGUACCUGGUACUAAUACCUUAACUACAGGUACCCUUAGACCAAGCACCGUAACUGAGGGAAAGGGAGCUAAUUUUACAGCUAUGGAGUGUACCAUUGGACCAAGCACCGUAACUGAGGAGAAAAUUUUGAAUAAAAUUGCUGCUGUAACUAAUUUUGGGGAGUCGGAUACUUUUUCCGUGGAUACUAAUACCAAUAUUACUAAGGGUAUUUCCAAGGCCCCUUUUGGGGCUGGUACGGUUGGUACUACUGGUGCCGUUGGAGCAAGCACCGUUACUGCGUUAAUAAUAUGUAAUAAAAAUGAUAUAUAUAAUAGUAAGAAUAUAAAUGAAAUAGAAAGAAUAAUAAUGUUGGAAUUGGAAUUAUUAUCAACAGAAUCAAAUGAAUUGAAUAAAUUUUUAUGUAAUUUGACAAGUUUAAAGGAUUUGGAAAGAAUUGGAAUUUCAAUAAAUUUAAUGUCAUAUUCAAUAAAAAAUUCAAAUUUACAAGAAAUUAAAGAAUUUAUCAUGAAAUAA